AUGAGAUUUUUACUAUUUUCAUUGAUACUUUCAAUUGUAUCAGCAUUAAAUUUACCUAAUCAAGUACCAUUCCAUCUCGAUUUUCAAUCACCAAUCAAAGAAUUACAUUCACUUAAGGAUCAAUUAUCAAUUGAAACUAUACUCGAUUUGGAAUCAAAAUGGCGUCAAUUGGAGCUCAAACAUGGUAAAGAUCAAUUACUUAACAAAUAUAACAAUUUCAAGCAUAUUCAUUUUUCAAAAGAUGUUAAACCAUCUUCUUAUUCAAUCAAUUCUGAAGAAUCUCAUCCUGAAGUACUUGGAUUUGAUACAGUCAAACAAAUAUCAGGAUAUUUUGAAGUUGAACAACUCAAUAAACAAUAUUUUUUUUGGUUUUUUGAAUCUAGAAAUGAUCCAAAGAAUGAUCCUUUAAUUAUUUGGUUGAAUGGUGGUCCGGGAUGUAGUUCAAUGUGUGGAUUAUCAAUGGAAUUAGGUCCUGGAUUAAUUAAUAGUUCUUUAGAAAUUGAAAAUAACCCAUUUAGUUGGAAUAAUAAUGCUUCAAUCUUAUUUCUUGAUCAACCUGCAGAUGUUGGAUUUUCAAAAGGUGGUAAAAUUCCAUUCACCACUGAAGAAGCUUCAGUUGCAUUUGUCAAUUUUGUCAAGACUUUCCUUGAAACAUACCCUGAGUAUUCUAAUUUGGAUCUUCAUAUUGCUGGUGAAUCAUAUGCUGGUCAUUAUAUACCUAAAUUUGCUCAUUCUGUUAAACAAGCACAUAUAGAUUUGAAAUCAGUAUUAAUUGGAAAUGGAAUAACUGAUCCAUUAAAUCAAUGGGAGAAAUAUGCUGAUAUGGGAUGUGGAGAAGGUGGAAUAGGUCAAAUAUAUACCAAUGAAGAGUGUUACGAUUAUCCAAAACAAUAUGAAUCAUACAAACCAAUUGGUGAAUUAUGUUACAAGUAUAGAAACCCAAUCAUUUGCUUUAUUACAAGCUCAUACAUGCCUAAUUUUCCACAAAACACUCAAAAUUUGAAUCCAUAUGAUUCUAGAAUUGAAUGUAAGAAUGGUACAAGUUUAUGUUACGAAGAAAUUGAUUGGUUAAAUUCUUAUUUCAAUUUACCUUACGUUCAAGAAUCAUUGAAUGUUGAGAAAGAGUUUAUUAUGUGUAAUUCUAAUGUUGGUUUAAAUUUCAUCACUGAUUUAAGUUUACCAUAUCAUGAAUAUGUUAAAGAACUAUUAGAUGAUGAUGUUCCUGUAUUGAUUUAUGCUGGUGAUAAGGACCUUGUUUGUGAUUGGUUAGGUAAUUUUAAUUGGGUUAGUAAGUUGAAUUACACUAAUCAUGUCGAAUUUGAAAAGCUGGAGUUUAAAGAUUGGACUACGUUGGAUGGUAAACAUGCAGGUCAAGUUAAGAAUCAUGAAGGGUUUACAUUCUUGAGAGUCUUUGAUUCCGGUCAUAUGGUGCCAAAAGAUUCAAAUAAGAAUGCUUUGGAUAUGGUUAAUAGAUGGGUUAAAGGUGAUUAUGCCUUUUCAAAAUCAAAAUCAAAAAAUUAA